GUUCUUAUUGUUCUAAAGUAAGUUUGUUUACGAAUUAAACUUUUCUUCAACCGAAAGAAUACGGUGCCAAUGCUUGUUAUUAAAUGGCGUUAAACUCUGACUAUCAGAUCGCAAUUUUUGCUAGCGAAUUAGCUAGUGCGAUAGAUCAGAAUCCUUACAAACCUCGGGAAGAAACCGUUGCUCGUGUAUGGAAAAGAUUUGAUCGAAUUUCGUUUGCAUUUUCUCUUUGUUUGGCGUACGCGGACGAGGCUUUGGAAAUUUGUAAAAACUUCGUUAAAGAUGAAAGUCUGAGAAACUGCUUACCGAACGAUAUUGAGAGUGCAAACGGAAAACGACUCUUUACUAACUCCCUCAGGGAAAUAUUUCUUGACGACAAAUGGAGUGGCCUUAGACGUGAGCUAACAACAUUUGUUGACUCGAAGAAAUUUGUCGAAGCGAAAGAAGAUGAAUUAUUAAGUUUGUUAGAUGUGAAGAAAAAAGUAAACGAAGCGAUUGUUAGUUUAUGUAAUGAAGAAAAGAAAUCUGUCGAAGAAAAAGCUGAUGAGGUCGUGAAGAAAAUCGCUAAAGAAAGUGGCAAGAAUAUUGAUCAGCCAACCAAAGAUGCACUUCUUCGUAAACUUCGUUGCGGCAGAGGUAAUGUUUUGGAAGAAAAGACUGUCACUGAGUUUGCCCAGGCUACAGGAAAAGACGUUCGUAGAGAGCCAGCCAAGUCGUACAGAAAGCUUAUUACAUACGAAGAUAUGACAUGGUUUCUAGUAGGCAGAGUAGAUGCUCGUGACGAGGACACAAUUGUUGAGGUGAAGAACAGAACGAAACGUUUUAUGCUACCAAAAUAUGAUAUAAUUCAGUUGCAAGCAUACAUGUUUAUUUGUAAUAAACAAAAUGGAAUCUUGCUGGAAAGGUUACAUGGGAAAAAUAAAGAAACUAACUUCAAUUUUAAUGAAUCACACUGGAAUGAAGUUAUCAUUCCUGCCAUGUACAGAUUUAUUAAAGAUGUAGAAGAACAAGUAGUCAUGAGCCGCAGUCUUCUAGAUUGUUCCAUUCCACCCAAUAUGCCGAAGAAACGAAUUUGCUUGAAUUUGUCACCAUCUGACACUGAAAGUGAUGAAGAACUAGCUAAUCUGCCCCUAGAUGAUUUUUAAGAAGAUAGAAUUGCUACUGUAAUAUUUAAUCGUAAAUUUUAAUUGUAAUAAUGAGAUAUUUCUUAAACAACAAUAUUCAAUUGUGUGAUUGAAUUAAAUUUGUAUAAGCUUCAUUUUCUAACAUGACAAAAUAAUACUUGACUUGUGGUAUCACAUUAAAGUCAGCAAAAAUUAGUUUGAUUAUCCAUAUCAUUGUAAACAAUCCUCGUUCAUGAAUGUAAAUUUAUGAUGUUACAGGACAAA